AUGGGAUCUUAUUUGUGUUCUGAUGUUAACAUAUUGAAAAGCUCUAGCAUGGAUUUAACGAGAGUGAUGGUCAGAGUUGCUUGUGAUUUCAUUUUGAAAGAAUCCAUAGAGGCGAAGGUUGAUAAUGUUAUGUACACUUUGAUAUUGAGGGAGGACACCUUUGUCCCUUUAAGGAUUGUUUCAAACUCUCGAGUUUCUAAGGAUAUGGAGAGUGAUGAUUCUAAUAAUUUGGAGGGGGAAAUGAGGGAGGACAAUGAUGUUGGCGAUUGCUAUGGCGAACCUCUGUUUCAGGAGGAGGAUACAUGGCCAGAUGAAGCGGAAGAGGAAGGGGAGUUAUUUUGUAGGAAUGGUGUUAAUCAAUUGGUAAGAAACUUUUUGUCUUGUUCGGAUGGAACAAGGGUUAGCUGUAUUUUUGGUUCUAAACAAACAAAAAUGUGCCCCAAUAAUGUGAGUAGAUACAAAAAGGAGGUGACCUUGUUUGGUGGGGGCCACGAGUAUAGAAAAAAAGGACCAAGGAUUUUUAAAUUCAAAAAGUUGUGUUGGAAUGAUGGGUUUCUUGGUGUCAAGAAGAAGUUUAGGCCCAAAAGGAAAAAACAAAGGGUGAAAACUCUAUCUUCUGAUACUAUUGAAAGCUCUCAGUUAUGCAGAAAAUUCCACUCGGUUGGGCAUGUGGAAGAGGAAAAUUACUUUUAUUUACCCGAAACUAUUUAUCAUGGUGAUCAAUCAGUGGCCUCAGAUACUUUGAGGAGCAACUUUAGCAUGUGGGACAACUUGGAAUCUAUUGGGGGGGGGGGGACUUUGGGAGGCUAUUUCCAAUCUUGGGAUUGUAGCUAUUGA